AUGAGCGCUGAGAACGUAGACCACCAAACGCCAUCGCCGCGGGGUGAGAUGGCGGACACGCUCAAUACAAGCAACUCUGAGCAGACAGCGCUGCUGGAUGGCGACCACUCAGACGGAUUGUCGAAGCCCCACCUGUCGCCACUGUGCCAUACGGAGGCCGGGGGCUCGUGGUGGAAGUCACCAGGCAAGGCAGAAGGACGGACACCCGCUCGCAUAAUGCGUCAUGGCAGCCGGCGCCACGGCUUGAGGGAUAAUGCGAAUUCCAAAUUAGAAAAGUUCCGCAUGGCACGAUCCCUGGCCAUCCAGUGGCUCUCUUUGUUGAUGCAAAACCCACCAGACGCCGCCACAAUUCAGGCGUACCGAAAUAUGAAGCUGCAGCAUCGGCAACAGCAGGAAAAGCAAGGUAGAGAACACGCAGAACCAAGCAGCACUGAGGGAGGUUUAGCAAAGGGAACUUCAUUCGCGGAGGUUGUGAGAAGAGGUUUUCCAUUCUCUUCUUCUUGUGGUUCGUCAGCUGCUUCCGACGCUGUUGUUCUUGUUGACGCUACUUCAGAUAUUGGCACCCAACAUGAUGGGAAUGUUGGCUCGAGUAGAAUUCAGCCCUCUGCGGAGACAUUUGAGCUUGUCCCAGAAGAUGAAAAGUCUGUUUCAGAGCUUAUCCGAGUGCUACGAGAGAUUGCUUUAACGGGUGCCUCGCUGGGAAACAUCUCACUCGAGAAGGAGGGAACUGCAACGAAUGGUGUGAGUUCUUCAUCCACCGCCAUGGGGUGCAGCGGGGCGGGCACUGGUGUGGACAGGGUGGAAGGCGGCAGUAGCCGUGUCAGUAACGGUAGUGGUAGUAGUGGCAGCAACGGCACCAAGAGUUGUAACCGUGUCACGCAUCGGCGCAAUGCGGAGGGCCAAUGGGAGGAUAUUAAGCUGUAUUUCAGUACUGUGCACCGGUUGGUGCAGAAUCGCGAGGAAUUGACGUUUGUAUUGGACACUGUUUUGGGCACUGGCUGGUGCGUGGAUGUCGAGAGGUCACCAAAGGACUUGGAGUCAUCCUGCAGUGCCGGCGUGACGUUGCCGCUGUCGCAGGCGGCGAUAUCGGGCAUCGAGUCACCGCGAGCGCCGUCAUUUUCGGACAGGGCAACAGAACACAAACCGAAGCAGCAGGGGGAGGCGGACGAGGAACACCAGCAAAUGGUGGUUAUAGACAACGUGAAGGUUCACAGCACACUCAAUCACAAGGCGGUUCCUUUUGAGUCACGUCUUCAUUCAAUUUUGGCGAGUCCUCCACUGAGUGCGACCCCGUACUACUUUUCUGGUAGAUCCGCAUCAACGCCGGCGGCCGAUCCUCACACAAACUCCCCCGUUUCCUUUUCAACACCGCCUUUGCAUCAGUGCGGCGGCGUUGCCAUGGAAUUGGCAAGUUCAGCCAUGCCGUCGGCAUCUACGACAGUAUCAAAUGGCACGACACCUCCAGCUGGGCCCUCUCUGCUUUCUUCCAACACGGCAUUCAAACUGGAAUCCCGGGAAGAUAUGAUUCGACGUCGUACGGCAGCCGCAGCCGCGCCGCGGCAAACUAUGCGCAUACCACUUCUGGAAAUACUAUGCAACCGCUCACGUGUC